UUUUUUUAUAAGUAAAUAGGCACUGUGAUCGGUAAAAAUGUAUAGCUUGUAAAUGAGCACACUAAUAGAUUUUAUGAUCAAUACGAAUACUUUUUAGAGCUAACAAAGAAAAUAUGGACUGUGAAACCUAUUCCACUAGUGACGCAAUUUUUCAGGAGUAAGUGAAAUUAUUUAGAAUAAUAAUAUAAUUAACUUAAUUGUAUUUAAACUGCAGGGUAACAAUGUACGAAACUUGUUCAUUGUGACUCUAAUUUAUCUGCCACACGUUUAUUUAGACUUGAUUUUAGGAAAACAUUCGGUCAAGGAAGACGCUUAAUUAAUAUCGAAUAUUUUUUUGAGCAUAUUUUAAAUGGAGAAAAACAUAAGCCAUUUGAUUGUUCAAUUAUCGAUAUGAAGCUGGUUGGCGAAAAAAGAACUGGCCUUUUCUCUGAAUUUUACCUAAAAUGCCAAAUGUGCAACUGCCUAAAAACAAUCACAUCAGAUAAAAAGUCUGAAAAUAAGGUAAAUAUUAAUUCAUCCAUUGUGUUGGGAUCCAUAUCUACUGGUAUUGGAUAUUCUCAGACAUCUGAACUGGCUGCAACUCUAGACCUACCAUUCAUGACGUUAAAGACUUAUAACAACUAUCACGAACAAGUUGCAGAGUUUAUUAGGGCAUCAGCAUGGCAAACGAUGGAACUGGCAGCCGCAGAAGAAAUAAAAAUGGCUAAAGAUGCUGGGAACGUUGACGAAAACGGCAUUCCAUGCAUAACCGUUGUUACAGAUGGAGCCUGGAGUAAAAGGUCGUAUAACGUUAAUUACGAUGCCAUGUCCGGAGUCGCUUGUAUUAUUGGAUACAAUACGGGUAAACUAUUAUUUCUUGGAGUCAGAAAUAAAUAUUGCUCCAUUUGUUCAUGGCAUGAGAGCAAAGAACAAGAAACUCCAACACAUAGAUGCUUUAAAAAUUGGACGGGCAGUUCAACAGCUAUGGAAACAGAUAUCAUAGCAGAGGGUUUCAGAAAUAGCCUUAAUCAAUAUGGUAUAAAAUAUUAUAAAAUGGUUGGUGAUGGUGAUUCCUCUGUAUAUAGGAAACUGUUAGAAAUAAGACCAUAUGGAAAUUGCUUGGUGCAGAAAAUUGAAUGCAAAAAUCAUAUUUUAAGAAAUUUUGCCAAAAAAAUACGAGAAAUCAGCAGUAAGUUUUAA